ACUACAAUCAGAGCCGCAGAGAAGCCAGGGCUCCAACUGAAUUUUAAAAAAAUCCCCCGUCCCACGGCAACUUAAAGAACGUUUUGAUCGCUGGAGUCGAUUGCACGAAAGCUCGGCCAUGUGGCCUUUGUUGUUGAGUACUCUCUUGAUGAGCCUGCUCGCUGAUCCGGCUGACGGUGAACCUCAACUCUUCGGCGUCUUGGGAAGCUUACACAUCAACUCAACGGACCGGACUUGCGCCUCCUUCCGUUGGACGUUCAAGAGACCGCAUUCGAGGAUUUCCGACGCUCCGGCGUACAUGAGCGUGCAUUUGAAUCUAGGAGGUCAGUCUAAGGUUUUUGCAGUGCCUGUGUCCGAUCCGCUUCGCAAGAUCGACUUCUUCGAGUCUAAAGAGGAGUAUGCUGUGCUCUUCCGAGCUCGGUCUGACCUGACAGAAGGCAUGGAAUACAUCGCAUCGUUUCGGAAUCGGACUGAAGCUCCUCACCCAAUCAUACGAGUUGAAGUCAAGCAGAAGGUUCCCAAUCAGUACUUAGUAUCUUGGGACGCCACCGAUCCGAGGCAAAUCGAGAAACUGAUGAUUGACUACUGCUACCCAAAAUGCGUCAGUGCGACAGUCACGCAAAGCGACGGAAUCUUCGAGUUCACCAUUCCCUCCUCCGCUAAUUUCACCCUGACGGUCACCGCCUUCCGGAACGUCCAGGAGAUCCCUCCGAGCGAUCGAAUGGCUCGUUCCGCUGAGGGAAAAAUCGAGCUCAAACCACCCCGGAAAAUUACGUCCAUAAUCAAGGCUAUCCACUUCGAGGAUUGGGUGUACAUCGAAUGGGAUCCUCCUCUCAGCCCCUACAGACCCAUCACUCACUACCAUCUUCAUAUUGUCAACGUCAACGAAACACUCCCGGGCGUCACCUACAUCCUUACCACUCCCUAUCUGAAUAUCACCGUUCCACCGCUCAGAGGUCCAGCCUUCGAGGUACGGCUCAGGGCGACAUGCGACGCGCAGAACAUGGAGGGAGAGAGGACGGAGCGCCUCGGUGAGGUCUACGAAUUCAGGAUACCGAAAUACUAUCCCCCUCCACCGGUGACUGUCGAGGUCCUGAGGCGCAGGUCGGAUUCGAUCCGCUUCUCGGUUAUCCCAAUGAAUGCCCAAUCAUCAAGAAGAUUCAAAAUUGUGAUCUUUUCGCCGCUAUUCCUCAAGAACCGCUACGUUGCCGAUGUCGGAGAAUUCACGGGUCUAGCGCCGUACCAGCGUGUGGAUUUUGAGACUAGCCAAUGCUUCCUCCAUCCGGAAUCCACAGUGGAAACCUGCGGGCCUACUAUUAGAACUCAACUGAGAAGCAACGUUGCGAGACCCUCUCCGGUCAAGGUUCACCCAUUGACUUACACGGAACACGGCCGUGCCAUGAUUCGGUGGGACGAGCCCGAUACGCCCAACGGGCCAAUCGCCGGUUAUGUGGUGUUCAUACGGACAACACCUUUGAACGCAAUUCAAUCCUUCUUCAAAAUGCUCGGAGUCGGAUUCGAGGAAGGUAUAGAACACGAGUUCAAGCUCGGCCCUCAAGAUCACAGCUUCCCCUAUAACCCUCAGCACGUCGUGGAUCCGUACUCGUACGCUGUCUCAGCAUUCACUAUCGACACAGACCGUGGGGAGCAGCUCUUCAGUGAAAGGAGUUUCAUUGUUCCCGAGCCUCCAUCUCUGUGGCCUUACACGGUCUCGGGAGUGUUGGGGACACUGCUGAUCAUGGGGCCGAUGUAUUACUGCGUCCGUUACAGGCACAAACACGAUGCCCCCUCCGAUCUUGCCGACUAUCAGGAGGAAAUUGAGGGGGAUUCCGACACGAGGAGGGAACGCGACGCUACACUCGCUAAUGACGACGAUCCCGAAAUACUCGACGGUAGCAACCCUCGAGCGAUCACGGACGAACGUACGACGAGGUCUCGUUCCCGGAAAAGGUACUCCUACGAAGUCCGUGCUCAUUCUGGGCUCGGCGUGAUGUGGAAAUCCGUUGUUAUCAUUGUGUCUGCUGCGACCGUCGUCCUGGCGAUAAAGACAGGAUUUCCCAAGCUCAAUGAACCGAGAAUUGUGGGCAUUGGCCAUGUGGACCAUCAGCAUAUCAGAAUUGAGUGGGACUUCCAGCCUCCCGCGAACUUGUCUGUGCGCCGAAUAGAGUUCGAGCUGAUUGUCCAAUCCAAGCAUUUAAAAACACGCAAAUUCUAUCCUAAAUUCGCGUCCGCGCCGCUCCUCUUCGAUGUCCAUGGACUCUCACCAUCGAGGAGAUAUGAUUUGUCAAUUAGAGCGACGGCUCCCAACUGGAGGAGCAGUGGACUCGUUCGCGAAACUUUCAAGACCAUGGAUCGAGAUUGGCCGAGCCCCGUGAUAAUCGAUGUUUCCUCCACGAAUCGAGAGAACUCCGUGGAGUAUUCCGUGCAAUGGAGUUUGGAACCGAAAUUGAGAGAGCUCCAGCUUUAUGAGAUAAGACUGUGCCACUUACACUGCCACUUAGUGAUGAUCAAAGCUCAGGACAACAACGCGACUUUCAACAUCGACUAUGACUUGACUUUCACCAUGGUCAUUGCUGCUAUCUACUCUACACCGCAGCUGAACGCGUUUAGACGAGAGAGCGAAGUUUUCAGUCAAUCGACGAAUGAGGGCGAUCCAAAAGAGUUUUCAAAAGUGGUCGAGGCCGUACAGAUUGGCCAUAGAGUCCAACUCAAGUUGAAUCCACGCUUCCCAAAGAAUGGUCCGCUCAGCUACUAUGAAGUAUUCCUAUCUGAUCAGCAUAACGAGGAGGACAUGUACAACACGAGCCUUCCCUUCUUCCCCGAGAAAUUCGUUCCUGCGGCAUUCGCGAGCGGUACCGUCUACGAAAUGCAGCCGAAUUCACUCAGUGUCGACGGGAAUGACUUCAGCUACCUGGGAAGACUACGAGAUAUCGACAUCCACAACUACUCAUCGGAGAGAUUGCUCCUCCUCCUUAUCAUCAAGAGGGUUGAGCACGCGGUUCGCUUCCGAAUCGUUCCCAUGAACCUCCCUUUCCUUAAUUCUUUCAAGAGCAAAAAAUACUUCUACAUCGGACCGCUAAUGUUAGACCUCUUCGCUCUAGAGAAAUACGAGUACUUCCAGAUGAAGAUACGCAAUUGUCUGACUUUCCGAGAAAAGUCCGAAGAUGAUUGCGGGAAUUUCAAGGAGUUCCAAAUGCUCUCAAAUGUCGGAGAUCCUUCUCCGGUCCAGAAUCUAAGAGUAGAGGUGACAGUAUCCUUGAGAAUCACGUGGGAGCCCCCAGCUAUUCCCCGAGGCCCGAUCAACGGCUAUAGAGUCUACGUAGAGGAGAUCCAAGCCGAGAAGAAACACAAGAGACAGGUCGAGCUCGGAGCUGACCAACGAGAGUACCAGAUCAAGAAAUAUAAGCACCGGGUGGAGUAUAGAAUCGGGGUCACGGCAUUCAAUCGACACCUGGAAGAUGCCAAGAUCGAGUUCGAAGGACCGGCGACCCGCACGGUCAUCCACGAACAGAAGAUGGAAGAAACACUCUUCCAUAUUUCGGCUAUAGUGGUCUUCAGCGUGAUCUUCCUUUUUUCGUCGACACUCUGUUUUGUCGGAUGCACUCUACAUGAUAGAAGGACACGAGUGUGA